AAUUUGUGCACAGAUAGAACUUUUUUCGCAUUGUUCUAACAAAGUGAUUGCACAUUUUAUUUGUUUUUGUCUGAUCGAGCAAUCUAGUUUACUUGAAAGCGAUUGCAAUUUUCUUUAUUCUAUUAUUUGAAAAAGCCCAGAUGGAGGAGUCACAAUGUAUUAUUUCAAUAAUAAUUCAGCAUGGACCAUUUUGUUGGGGUGGUGGGCCAUGAACAUUUUUCUUCCUCCAAAGUGGGGCGUGACCGAAAAGGUUUGAGAAACAUGCACUGCAUAAUGUGACUAUCACAAACACGUACAAGCUCAAAGGCUCCUCCAAUAUGAAAUACUGACAAAAGUUGACCUCCGAUUUGUAUGAAAUUGACAUUGUAACAGCACGGCUUUGUUAUACACCAUGAUAAUCAAUCAGAGGCCAGAUGUCAACACCUUAAAAGAAAUUGAAUUGAUGUGAAAUUCAAAGAUACUGGAUUUAACUAAACUGGCAGAGAGAGAGAGAGAGAGAGAGAAAGUGUGCCAGAGUGUGUUGGUGAGGGAGAGAGAGAGAGAUAGAGAGAGUGAAAGUGAUCGAGUGAGAGAAAGCAGCUUAUGACCAAGUGAAUGAUCCAACAGGAUUACACGUCUAAAUGGAGUUUAGGACUAUCCUUUAGAGAGAGUGAGAGAAAUGGAAAAGACCGAAGGGUUAUAUGGAGGGGAAAGAUGUGAGGUAAUCAAUAUUUUAACAUUUAGUAGGUUAGUAAUUCCCAAUAGCAUUCAGUACCCCUCCAAUGAGUCACCAGAUGCAUCUCAGGGUUAAAAGGAUAGGAUGAUUCAUGUGGUAAGAAAGAAGAAGAAAACGUAUAUUUUGUGUGUGUGUGUGUGUGUGUGUGUGUGUGUGUGUGUCUAUAAAUACAUGUGUGGGUGUUUUUUGUGAAAUACUGGGUAGUUUUACCUCUGAAAGCCAUGAACAUUUAUCUGAAAAGUAUAGAGGUUGUAAUGCAUGCACUCAUGAUGCCUGAGACAAGUGACUGCAUGAAUAUAUAAAGGGGUCACAAGCAAAAAAAGAUUAUAAAAGAUGAGUAUGUACUGAGAUAUGUUGAGGCCUGAAAAGAAUGUUGUGCACGUAGCUAAAGUUAAAGACAGCAAUGAGAGACAGAAGAAUAAAGCAGUUUGUAUUGUUUUGUCUCCCUUGUCAAAAAGUGUCCCAACAUAUCUGAUAUAAUAAAGGUUACAAAACAAAUAAGUAUUCAACACAUUUUAAUCGAAUAUGAAUAUAAGUAAAAGUAAACAAUUGUGGAGUUAAUGCUGACAAUUUAACAUACAAGGAACACCAACUAAAGAUAAUAAACAAGGAACUAACUAUCAUAACAUAUUGUAAGAAACAACUAUUGGAGCAAAAUGUUACCUAAUUCAUCCGCAAAACAUUUUUCGUAUUUAAUGUCAUCUGAAAAUUAAAACAUUAUUAUUAUUAUUUUAGAAAAGUUGCAAUUAAUGUGCAGGUUACAACAGACAGAGACCAUCCAUCUCCUUCAAAAUGACUGACAGUGCCCCUUCCCCUUCUGAUAGUGUGUGAUAUUUGAACCUAGGACUCAAGGUAUAAUAAAUAGUUCCAUCUAUUAACAGUGCAUGGGAGGAAUUUGGUGCUUUUGACUGGCGUACCCCAGGGCACCAAACAUUAGAAAACAGAAAACAAUGAUAUGAUAUGCACUUGUGAGAUAUUAACAGAAGUGGCCUCUACCUCUCGGGUCUGGAGGGACACCAGUUGGAUCGAACUGCGCCUGAACUCACCAUCGACACCAGUUGUAGCCCAUCUGUCCGAAGCCACUUCACUUAUACAAGUUUUACUUUUCUAUGAAAAUCAAACUAUCGCUACAGUGAUAUAAAAACCUUUUGACUGCAGCACUUCAAGGUUAGCAGUUCAGAAACAAUGAAUCCUCUCCUGCCUCAAAGCUCCCAUAAUUGAUAGACUACUAAGAAAUUGUUAGAAUUGUUAGAGGGGUGUUUCAUAAACAUGGAUUAACAGUUUAAUAUAGGCUCAUUUUUCAAUGUUAUUUUCAGGAAAGUCUGUUUUAUAAAGGAGGUUUAAAUAAGACUGACCAAAGGAGACUCCGUAAGGUUAGCUUCCAGGCAUGGACGUGUAAAUAUUAUGUCAAUACAAACCUGUUUAAGUGUGCAGUACCUCCUUUAAUAGUAUGGACUACUAAUAUUUACAGUUAGAGUGCAACAAGCAAACAUUGUGUCUUAACAGGUCUGUUUUCUUCCUUUUUGAAUGGAUGAGUCAAAGUUGUGAAAUAAACCAAACCAACCUCCAGCUGUUGGUUUUUUCUACUAUGGAAAAAGCAAACCAACAAUAUGCAGUUUAGCAUCUAACCAGAAGUGCAAAAAGCAGUAAAGUGGAGAGUAAUAUACAGAAUAAAAUAUGGAAUAAAUAGUUAAUGGAAUAAACAGAAAGGGGUAUGAAUACACAAGAUAUCUACAGAACGAACAGUAUUAACAGUGGUGUGUGAUUACAAGUAAUGAAUAAUAGUAGAAAAAACCAACAGCUGGAGGUAGCAUUCAGGAUUGUUGUUGUUGUUCUUGUUGUUGUUAUUGAACCUCAAAGUUGCACCCAGUCCACACAGCGCUCAAAGAAGCUCUGGCUGGUUUCGUAGAAAAUAUCAGAGAGCAAGUUCCUGUUGCAUCAUAAAAUGCCACACAGCUUGAAACUUUAGCUGAAGAACAUAAAGAGGAGGGCCGUAGGAAAGAGUAGACGAACAACCAGGAAGAAGGACGACCGACUGGGAAACUAUCUGCAUAAAGUGCCUGUAUUACUUUGCUGGCAGGUUAUGAAAUACUGCAUCGCUGUCCUGAUGCAACUUCUCUCCAAGUUCAAAGGUUACUGAAAUCCAGUCGGUGCCACGAAGCCCUUGGGUUUUGAAAGAAAGAUGGAGCACGUCUCUUUCUCGCCACUGUCCCGUCUUGCUAUUUGUGGGGGCACCCAUGGAAAUGAGAUGUCAGGGGUGUACAUGGUGAGAGAGCUGCAGAAACAGAAGGUAGAUCGGAAAGGAUCCGUUUCUAUCACUACCGUCCUGACAAAUCCACGGGCAGUGGAUGCUUGCAGAAGAUACGUGGACACAGAUCUAAAUCGCUGUUUCACAGAUGACUUGCUGAGUGCCCCCAUAACAGACUCUACACCCUACGAGUUGAGGCGAGCCUGUGAGCUGAACGCUCAGCUCGGGCCCAAAGGAAGCCGAGAGGCUGUGGAUCUGCUCUGCGACAUCCACAACACCACCGCCAACAUGGGCAUAUGUGUCAUCUUUUACUCCUCUAACUGGAUCGCCCUGCAUAUUUACAAAUACCUACAGAGCAAGAUAACCUCUGCGCCUGUGAGAGCAAUCCAUUUGGAUACACCCUCUUCUGAGGCUUAUUCCCUCGAGUCAGUGGGCAAACAUGGCUUCGCAAUAGAAGUCGGCCCGCAACCCAACGGCGUGCUCAGAGCGGAUAUCUUCAACAUGGUGAAAGAGGCAGUGGACCUCCUAAUAGAAUGGCUUCAGAAAUUUAAUUCUGGAAGUGUUUUUGAAGGAGGUAAAGUGGAAGCAUUCACACCGGUGAGGAGUGUAGACUACCCAAGGGAUCCUACAACCAAUGGCAUUACUGCUGCCAUUCACCCCGAGCUGCAGGACAAUGACUACACGCUUCUCCAUGCAGGCGACCCGGUGUUCAAGUCAUUUUCUGGGGAGACGGUGGAGCAUGAAGGAGAGGACCUCUACCCUAUCUUUGUAAAUGAGUGUGCCUACUAUGAGAAGAAGAUUGCUUUCCAUUUAACCAAAAAGAUCACUUUGACCUUGCCGUCUAUAAGCGUCAAAAAGGACUGAGAUAUCUCAGAAUAAAUUAAAGUGUUCAAUGUAUAGCCAUGUUUCUAAUGAUUUUUAAUCUCAAAUGUUUUUUUAUCUCAAAUGAGCAAAUGCACAAAAUGAGGAAUAACUAUUCUAGGUGUGCUGGACACAAAUAACACGAUUACCUCCUAAUUCUAUAUGGCUAUCCAAUACAGUUAAUUUUGUACUGAACAAUAUUGCAUAGGUGCUGGAGCUAUGAUCCUCCACCUGCUAUGCAAUAACUAGGACAUUUAACUUUAUUGCAAUGUGCAAUGACACAAAACACCAUGUUUGAAUAAAUGGAAAAUAUGGAUCCCUUCAAGUUA